AUGGCCACGACAUCCUGGGGUAAGACCAUGACGAAGCUUUGGACGGUGCUAGCAAAGUUCCUCGAGCACCACAGGAACUUGGGCUGCGGGCUGGCGUCCCUGCUGACAGCGAGUGGGGAGCUCAUCUUCUCCACCGUGGUGUUCCAGUGUCCCUGCAGCGCCGCCUGGAACCUGCCCUGCAGUCUGGCCUUCCUGCUGCUGCCGGCGCUGGUGUUCUAUCUCCUGGGCUGCGUGCUGAGGACGCGCUCCUUGUGCCUGCUGUGCAGCUACUGUCGCACCCAGAACGCCGGCAUUAACCGCUGCGACCUAUGCGACGACUGCUGCAGGGUCAGCGGGCCCGCCUUGGUCUCGUCCGUCACCUGGGUGGCCGUGGCGCUGCUUGAGGGCGCCGUCUACGAGUGCUGCGCCAGCGGGUCGACCCUCACGGCGGGUAGGCUCUGCGCUGGCCGCAACUCCAGCUGUGCGGCCCAGCUGCCGCUGGUGCCCUGCCAACAGGCCCAGGACACCUUGGUGCAGGACCUGCAGAAGGUGCUCAGGGCCGAAUCUCAGGUGGUGGGCUGGAGCCUGAUAGCAGCUGUUAUCCUUCUCUUUUUGAUUUUUGCCUGUGUCUCCCACCACCGAGCUGGAGGUAGUUCCCUGCAGCUGAAAUUUUGGAAAAUCUAUUCGGAAGAGGAGCACCAGUGCCUUAGGACGCAAGUCACAGAGCGUGCGACCAAAUUGGCAGACGAGAAUGUUAGAUGUUUCUUUGAAGGCUCACGGCCAACGGGAUGCAACAUCCCAAGCAUGGAAUGCUGGCAGGAAAUUUCAUCACCAUAUCCUUUCAACCCGGAGGACGAGUACCUCAGCGCAUUGCACAGAUCUGUUAACGAAAUACAGAACAGGCAUACUAUGAACUCUCCUUCAGGAGAUGAAAUGCCUUGGGGUAAUGUCAGCUCUGCUUCAGGAGAUGCAAUGCCUCUGGGUAAUGUCAGCUCUCCUUCAGGAGGUGAAGUGGUUCGUACUCUUUGCUCUGAUUCAUCUAAUGUGGAGGGCACUGAUGAGUUAUGACCUUAUUAAUGAAUAAGAAAAAAAUUUGUGAUACUUACCUGGCCGGGGAGAUACCAUGAUCCCAAAGGUGGUUUGCCCAGGGCGAGGCUUAGCCAUUGUACUCCAGAUGUGCUGACCACUGUGAUUUCCCCAAAUGUGUGUUUCUGGUAAUCAUGGACCUUUCUCGUGGGGCGCUUGUUUUUGUUUUCAUAAUAAAAGCAAGAAAGAAAAAACAAGCAAAAAACAAAAAAGAAGUUCUGGGGCCAGCUCUGUGGCCGAGUGGUUAAGUUUGAGCUCUCUGCUUCUGCAGCCUUGGG